UAUCAUCAUUUUUACUUCAAUCAAUCUUAGAUAAUGUAAAAUAUAAUCCUUUGAUUAAUUAUAAUUUGAAUAGUUAAUUAUAAAUGAUAAGUCUAGACAAUUAACUAAUAAAUCGUCUAGUUAUAUAUAAAAUCAAAUGAGUUUUUUAGUAACUGUAUUGCCGUUACUGUAUUGCCGUCGAAGCGUGAGUAACUGUAUUGCCGUCGAAGAGUGUGUUCUGAGACAACAUCGUCAUCGUUAUCAUCAUCGCACUGUGCCAUGGCCGUCACGCCCUCCACCUCUCUCCUCUCCUUCCUCCAACGCCUCCAAAAAACCGCCUUCGAAGCCUUCGGCGGUACCGAUUUCGAUCCCAAGACCUACGUCGACGUGCCUCUUAGGUUCGCACUAUCCGUUACCCAGGACGCGUUCCAGAAGCUUCCGCGUAACGCCAACGGCACCGUGGCGGCUGAAGAUUUAAAGCGCUUUCUAGAAGCCUACUUCGGAGGUGCAGGGGACGAUCUGGUGCACCUGACCCCACACGAUUUCGUUCGCGAACCGGAGGGUUUCUUGCCCAAGGUCAAACACCCUCAGGUGCGGGCCUGGGCCUUGCAGGUCCAUUGGCUUUGGAAAAACUUGACCCGGAAAGUAUCCGAUGCGGUGCAUGCGCACCCGGACUUGCAUACGCUGCUCCCUCUCCCCGGUUCCGUUGUCAUUCCCGGUUCGCGUUUUCGCGAGGUUUAUUACUGGGAUUCUUACUGGGUUAUUAGGGGCCUGAUCGCGAGUAAAAUGCACGACACUGCUACUGCUAUUGUGACCAACCUCAUUUCCUUGAUAGAACAAUAUGGAUUUGUUCUUAAUGGUGCUAGAGCAUACUACACUAACAGGAGCCAGCCUCCCCUUUUGAGCGCUAUGAUUUAUGAGAUAUACCGUACGACCGGUGACGUGGAAUUGCUUAAAAGAUCUCUACCUGCACUACUCAAAGAGUAUGAAUUUUGGAAUUCAGAUAUACAUAAGGUGACCAUUUUGGAUGCUCAAGGUUGCACUCACACCUUAAAUCGCUAUAAUGCAAUGUGGGACAAACCCAGGCCAGAAUCAUCCAUUAAGGACCAGGUAUUUGCUUCCAACUUCUCUAGUGUUUCAGAAAAACAGCAGUUUUACCGUGACCUGGCUUCAGCUGCUGAAUCAGGAUGGGAUUUCAGCACUAGAUGGAUGAGAAACCCGCCUAAUUUCACAACAUUGGCUACAACUUCCGUAAUACCUGUUGAUUUAAAUGCAUUUGUACUCGGGAUGGAACUUAAUAUUGCCUUCUUUGCAAAAGUUGUUGGAGAUAAUGGCACUGCUGAACGGUUCCUGGAAAAUGCUGAUCUUAGAAAGAAGGCAAUGGACUCUGUUUUCUGGAAUGCAAACAUGAAACAAUGGCUUGACUACUGGCUCGAAAAUACAUGUGAGGAGGUUCAUGUUUGGAAAAACGGGCGCCAGAAUAAAAAUGUAUUUGCUUCCAAUUUUGUUCCUUUGUGGAUGAAACCGUUUUAUUCAGACACUUCACUUGUGGCUAGUGUCGUUGAAAGUCUCAAAACUUCCGACCUUGUCCGUGCCGCUGGAGUUGCAACUUCUUUGACUGAUUCAGGACAACAGUGGGACUUUCCAAAUGGCUGGGCGCCGCUUCAACACAUGCUAGUGGAAGGCCUUCUAAAAUCUGGGUCGCAAGAAGCAAGGUCAUUGGCUGAAGAAAUUGCCAUCAGAUGGGUCACAACCAAUUAUAUCGUUUACAAGAAAACGGGCUUAAUGCAUGAAAAGCUUGACGUGGAGCAUUGUGGAGAAUUUGGAGGUGGAGGCGAAUACGUGCCCCAGACUGGUUUCGGCUGGUCAAAUGGUGUUGUGUUGGCAUUCUUGGAGGAGUUUGGAUGGCCUGAAGAUCGGAACAUAGAAUGCUGACGUGCUCAGAAAUUGAAAGAUCCGAAGUCACAACACUGAAUUUAAAAGCAACGAAGGAAUCAAACUUGAAAAGGUUCGAGAGUCUCUUCUUCCAUCUAUUUGCAAAUUCAUUAAUCUUUGACGAUAAAAACGCUCUGGUGAUACUAUAUUUACAAAACACAAAUAUGGUGUGUGUGAUGUAGUGUUAUUUAAUAUUUUUAGUAGUAGUUGUCAGGAUUGAGGUGGUAAUUUAUAUUUUAUUGAAAAUAUUUUGUAUA